UAUUGUCUCUGAGACAGCAGAAAUCAUACAGAAGUACAACGGCGAGAGGAAAGAAAGGGAACCUGCCUUCACUUGGAUCCCAUAUUUGAUCAAAGAGCUGUCCAGAGGUUCCCCUGGUGGCUUCCCUUGCUUACAGCCAAAGCCCCCCCCCCCCUUACCCCCUGCCCUGUCACGAAGAGCCCCCCCUACCUUCCCUCUCCCUCUUCCCUCCUCGUCCUUCUCUGCAGUAAGUGGCCCCUCCCCCUCCUCUGCCAAGCUGUUGGUCAUGCCAGGACCCGUGCAGAGUCGGGCCCGUGUGUACACAGAUGUCAACACACACCGGCCCAGGGAGUACUGGGACUACGAUUCCCAUGUGGUGGAAUGGGGAAAUCAAGAUGACUUCCAGUUGGUGCGGAAGCUUGGACGCGGGAAGUACAGUGAAGUGUUUGAAGCAAUCAACAUCACCAACAACGAGAAGGUUGUGGUGAAAAUACUCAAGCCCGUCAAGAAGAAGAAAAUCAAGCGUGAAAUUAAGAUCCUGGAGAACCUCCGCGGAGGCCCUAACAUCAUCGCCCUCAAAGACAUUGUCAAAGACCCAGUGUCUCGGACACCCGCCUUGGUCUUUGAACAUGUCAACAACACUGACUUCAAGCAAUUGUACCAGACCCUAACAGACUAUGACAUCCGGUUCUACAUGUUCGAGAUCCUCAAGGCCCUGGACUACUGCCACAGCAUGGGAAUCAUGCACAGGGAUGUGAAACCCCACAACGUGAUGAUUGAUCACGAACACCGAAAGCUGCGCCUUAUUGACUGGGGUCUGGCUGAGUUCUACCACCCGGGACAGGAGUACAACGUCCGAGUGGCUUCUCGCUACUUCAAAGGACCCGAGCUUCUGGUCGACUAUCAGUUGUAUGACUACAGUCUGGACAUGUGGAGCUUGGGCUGCAUGUUGGCCAGCAUGAUCUUCAGGAAGGAGCCUUUCUUCCACGGMCACGACAACUACGACCAGUUAGUAAGAAUAGCCAAGGUGUUGGGAACGGAAGACCUGUAUGACUACAUCGACAAGUACAACAUUGAGCUGGAGCCUCGGUUCAAUGACAUUCUGGGAAGACACUCUCGUAAGCGGUGGGAGCGCUUCGUCCACAGUGAGAACCAGCACCUGGUCAGCCCCGAGGCCCUGGACUUCCUGGACAAGCUGCUGCGCUAUGACCAUCAGGCCCGGCUGACCGCCCACGAGGCCAUGGAUCACCCUUACUAUACUGUUGUGAAAGACCAGGGUCGCAUGCCGGGGUCGGCUAACCCGUCCGGCGGAAAUACUGCUGUAAGCACAGCCAACAUGGUCCCUGGUAUAUCUGCCUUGCCAGCUGCUACUGCCCUGGGCACCCUCACCGGCUCGCCCGUCCUCUCUGCUGCCACCAACGCCCUGAGCACCCCUGUGCCCGCCGCCGUUAGUGCCCCCCAGUGA